GCAAAGUCAGUAUCCGAGCUAACAUCUUCAACUUUCAGCUCGAUGUAUUGAAAUAAGAACGAUUUUGUUUAAGCAACAAUUACAUAUUUUUCAAAACGUAUUCUUUGUUAUAGAAUCAUUAUGUAUGCAAAUGUUAGGCAUUUAGCCUUUCAAUAGGUAUUUUACUAUUUUAUCACAGAAUAAAAAUAACCUCAAAUCUUUUCCUAAAUUUGUACGCUAUUGACUACAUUCGAACAAUUUGAAUUCUUUCUCACUGCGUCGUCAACCACCACGUCUACGACUACGACCACCCCAGACCUCACUUCAUCCUCACUGCAUUUAUGCCAUACCAGCAGUACCAGCAGCGAGCGAGUGACGUGAGAUCUGGAGAAAGUUCAAACUUGGAUAUCUAUACCUACAGAAGAUUUUUGUUUUUUUUUCCUUCGUCAGUAUUGCUUCGGAAUGGCAAAUGCCAAGUAUAUAAUUUUGUUAAGUGGAAAACGAAAGUGUGGCAAGGACUACCUUGCUGAACAAUUGAAUAAAAGAUUAGGUGAACGUAGUCAAAUCAUAAGAAUCUCGUGUCCAAUCAAAACCGAAUGGGCAAAGAAACUCAAUUUAGAUCUCGAAGAAUUGCUAAGUGAUGGACCGUAUAAAGAGAAAUACCGAAAAGAAAUGAUUGAAUGGAGCGACAAAGUUCGUGCCGAGGAUUAUGGCUUCUUUUGCAAAGCUGCUAUGUCAAAUGCUGACCGUGAAAUUGUUAUUGUUAGCGAUAUCAGGCGUAAGAAUGACAUAAAAUACUUCAGAGAAACAUACGGUGAUAAGGUAUUGACAAUACGUAUAACUUGUCCAGAAAUAAUACGAGCUGAACGUGGAUGGAUCUAUCAAUUGGGUGUAGAUGAUGUGCAAUCCGAAUGCGACCUGGAUGAUUAUGAGCAAUGGGACCUGAUAAUUGAGAAUAAUGGAUCACUUAAAGGGGAUCUUUUGGUGGCCUUGAUAUUUGCAAAGUUCCAAUUUGAUUAAAGAUGUGUGUAUACAUGUAUGUACCUAACUUCCUAUAGACCUACCUGAAAACGAAGUGACUAUAUGAGCAGGCAAAAUAUUUUAGAUAGAAAUAAGACAAAAAUUAUGAAACAAUAGCAAACAAAAAGACAGAAAUAAGAUUGAGACAAAUUACAAUAAAAGCGAAAACGAUACCUCAACAUUUUGAUAGGGUGAACCAUGAACCAAGAAAAAGAUUGUUUUUAUUUUAAUUGUGUUGAAUUUUAGUGGGAGGAGGAAGGAAUUAAUAUUAAAAAGAUUCUGUACACUACAGCUUUUUUAUUCACACGACAUUGAAUAAAAUCAUUUGGAAUUAAUAAAUAGGAAAAGCAAACCAA